UCCUAUCUCCAGAGCCAGUGGUGGCUCUCUGGCGCCAGGCCCUUCAGCGCGGGCUUUCUGCCAUGGGGUCUCUGCUCCUCCUGUCGCUGCUGCUUUUGCUGGUGACCGUGUAUCCAGGAGAUGGAGGCGUGCUGGGGCGCCAGGCUGAGCGUGUGCAAGGCACCAGCGGCAGCCCUCCCGCACCCUCGGGGACACCAGCGCCCUUCUGGGUACGCAUUAGUCCGGAGUUGGUGGUGGUACCGCAGGGGGGCUCAGUGUGGCUUAACUGCAGCAAUAGCUGCCCCCUGCCGGAAAGUUCCAGCGUCCGCACCCAGCUGCUGCUGGGCAAGACGCUCAGUGGGCCAGGUUGGGUAUCUUACCAGCUGCUGAAUGUGAGGGCUUGGAGCUCCGAAGUACACUGCUUCGUCACCUGCGCAGGAAAAACGCGAGAGGCCACCGCCAGGAUCACCACCUACAGUGAGGGACAGGGGUACAGGUCCAGUUGGGGUGAGGGGAAGAAGGUGAAGGAUGGGGUAGUUGAAAGUCGCAAGAGGGGGCGCCCGCGGACCUUACGGUGGGGCUCCCCUCUUGCUUUAGAGCGGCCUCGCAGCGUUAUCCUGGAACCACCCAUCUUGGUUGGCCAGGAGUACUUUCUGCGCUGCCACGUGACGCACGUUUUCCCAGUGGGCUCCUUGAUGGUGAUCCUGAGGCGCCGCGGCCAGAUCAUCUAUUUCGAAACCUUGGAGCACUUCCAAGAUUUGCAUGUGGCCAAUGUGACGCUGACCCAUGUUUUGCGCGCUGGGCCCAGCAACCUAUGGCAGCCGUUGACCUGCCACGCGCGCCUCAGUCUCCACGGUCUGGUGAUACACAGCAGCUCAGCACCUAUUAUGCUAACAGCCUUAGCUUGGAACCCCGCCUCCAAAGCCUUGGCCUCCACCUCCAUCGCAGCCCUUGUGGGGAUUCUUCUUGCCAUGGGGGCUGCCUACCUGUGCAAGUGCCCAGCUAGGCAGCCCGGGCUUAGAAAGCUAUUCUAUGCCAACUAAGCCAAAGGAAAAAGAAGUCUGGA